AUGUCCUCAAUGCGCCAGCAGGUUCUUGAGCAGCUGGGCCUUACGAUGAAGGAUGACCCGACCUUUGAGAGCAUCUGGGAUGCCAUCUUGAAGGGCCAAGAUGUCUCAGUCCGCUGUCCGGAAGCUUGGUGGUCCGAAGCAGCCGUACUGCCUGCUCUGGUUCGAUGGAAGGAACCAGGCAGCGUGCACAAGAACCUGGUGUUCGAGGCAGCAGAGGCCAAGAGCGAGCACUGGAAGCAGGCCAUCAGCUGGAGCCAGGCCAUUGGGAGCUCGAGCACUUCGCUUCCAAGGCUGUCAAGUGCCAUGGAUGAUCCUGGCUUCGCAGGUGACCACUCCGACAGCAUCUUCCUCGUGAUACUUCACUCCAAGGACCAAGACGCCGGUCACGCCGACGCCUUGCGGGAGAGCUUACAAAGGCUUCCCCCGCCAUCACAAGUAGUGUGGGUGGUGGAUGAAUGGAAUGAUGGUUUGAGGCAGCUUGCCAGCGAAGUGCUGGAUGAUCCAGUCCACUUUGACAUCGAGCCUGGCAUGAUUCAGAGGCCAGAAGCUCCUGUGGAGCAAAACAACAAGGAGGCCACGGCAUUGGAGCAAAGCAACAAGGAGGAAGCUGAUGCAGCUGCCCUUGCUUCCUACAUGGCCAACAUCAUCUGCCGCUCGCAGGACAGGGAGCUCCGUGCGGCGGUGCGCGCGAUGUUGCCCAAGGUGUCUUUGCGCAAGCGCAAGGCAGGAAGCCAAGAUCGUCAAGGCACUGGAACUGGCGAACAUGGUUUUGAUGAGCAUGAGGAUGCAGAAUUGCGGGCUGGGAUUGCGGCAUUGCUUGUUCGCCACCACGAGCUUGUUCGCCAGAAGCCGCGAGGCAAUAGCAGUCGAUCUACGGCCAAGACAGAAAGCCUGCCGGUUGAGCUGCGAUGCAAUCCCGGCAGCGACUCUGAAUGUACAGAUGAUUCGGAGGCCUGGUAG